AUGGAGAAAGAUUUGGCAAGUAUUAUAGCUGAUGCAAGGUACUUGAAAGUCCACGCUCUUGGACAGUUCGAAUUUCACAUGGUAGACCUAGAUGGUGAUGGUGAGGUGAAUUUGAUGACCAAAUCAUGCUCAUGUGACAUGUUUCCGAUUAUAGGGAUACCUUGUGUUCAUGCAGUGGCUGCAGCCAUCGACCGCAGUGUUAACAUUUACUCACUGUGCUCCCCAUUCUACACUACUGAGAUGUGGGGGGAGUCGUAUAAAGAAACAAUUUACCUAACUGGAAACGAGGAUGAGUGGAUAGUUCCCAAGGACAUAAAGAAUAUAGAAGUUGUGGUACCCGUUGCGAAACAACCAGCUAGUCGCCCGAAGAAGAAAAAGGUAGGAAGAACGAAGACAAAACGUUAUCCAUCGACAGGCGAAGUAUUGCGCAAAGAGCGUAAGUGUAGUAUGUGUGGUGGUCUUGGCAACAACAGGGCUUCAUGCAAAGCUAGAUAA